CUGGGCGGCCGCGGCGGCGCGGGGCGGCGGCUGGACGCGCGCGAUGGAGGGCGAGAGCCGGAGCCCGUGGGCCCUGGGGCUGCUGCGCACCUUCGACGCGAGCGAGUUCGCGGGCUGGGAGAAGGUCGGCUCGGGCGGCUUCGGGCAGGUGUACAAGGUGCGCCACGUCCACUGGAAGACCUGGCUGGCCAUCAAGUGCUCGCCGAGCCUGCACGUCGACGACAGGGAGCGCAUGGAGCUUCUGGAAGAAGCCAAGAAGAUGGAGAUGGCCAAGUUCCGCUACGUGCUGCCCGUGUACGGCAUCUGCCAGGAGCCGGUGGGCCUGGUCAUGGAGUACAUGGAGACGGGCUCCCUGGAGAGGCUGCUGGCCUCCGAGCCGCUGCCCUGGGACCUGCGCUUCCGCAUCAUCCACGAGACGGCGGUGGGCAUGAACUUCCUGCACUGCAUGGCCCCGCCUCUCCUCCACCUGGACCUCAAGCCCGCCAACAUCCUGCUGGACGCCCACUACCACGUCAAGAUUUCCGACUUCGGGCUGGCCAAGUGCAACGGGCUGUCCCACGCACACGACCUCAGCAUGGACGGCCUGUUCGGCACCAUCGCCUACCUCCCUCCGGAGCGCAUCCGGGAGAAGAGCCGGCUCUUCGACACCAAGCACGACGUGUACAGCUUCGCCAUCGUGCUCUGGGGCGUGCUCACGCAGAAGAAGCCCUUUGCAGAUGAGAGGAACAUCCUGCACGUCAUGGUGAAGGUGGUGAAGGGCCACCGCCCCGAGCUGCCGCCCGUCUGCAGACCCCGGCCGCGCGCCUGCAGGAGCCUCCUGCGCCUCAUGCAGCGGUGCUGGCACGGGGACCCCCGAGAACGGCCCAGCUUCCAAGAAAUCACUUCCGAAACCGAGGACCUGUGCGAGAAGCCUGAUGAGGAGGUCAGAGAGCCCGCUCGAGAGCCAGACGUGAGAAGCCCGCCCGAGGCCGAGGCCGAGGCCGAGGCCGAGGCGCCCGUGCCCGCCCCGCUCAAGCGAGCCUCCGCCCCGACCUUCGACAACGACUACAGCCUCUCCGAGCUGCUGUCCCAGCUGGACUCGGGCGUCUCCCAGCCCCUCCAGGGCCCGGAGGAUCUCAGCCGCAGCUCCUCCGAAUCCAAGCUCCCGUCCGCCAGCAGCGGCAAGAGGCUCUCAGGCGUGUCCUCUGUCGAUUCCGCCUUCUCCUCCAGAGGGUCGCUGUCCUUGUCCUUCGAGCGGGAGCCUUCCACCAGCGAUCUUGGCACCUCCGACGUCCAGAAGAGGAAGCUCGUGGAUGCCAUCGUGAACGGGGACACCAGCAGGCUGAUGAAGAUCCUGCAGCCGCAGGACGUCGACCUGGUCCUGGACGGCGGUGCCAGCCUGCUGCACCUGGCCGUGGAGGCCGGGCAGGAGGACUGCGUCAAGUGGCUGCUGCUCAACAAUGCCAACCCCAACCUGACCAACCGGAAGGGCUCCACCCCGCUCCACGUGGCUGUGGAGAAGCGCGUGCGGGGCGUCGUGGAGCUGCUGCUGGCCCGCAAGAUCAGCGUCAAUGCCACGGACGAGGACCAGUGGACGGCCCUGCACUUCGCCGCCCAGAACGGGGACGAGGGCAGCACGCGGCUGCUGCUGGAGAAGAACGCCUCUGUCCACGAGGCGGACUGCGAGGGCCGCACGCCCAUGCAUGUGGCCUGCCAGCACGGCCAGGAGGGCGUCGUGCGCAUCCUGCUGCGCCGCGGCGUGGACGUGGGCCUGCCGGGGAAGGACGCCUGGGUGCCGUUGCACUACGCCGCCUGGCAGGGCCACCUGCCCAUUGUCAAGCUGCUGGCCAAGCAGCCCGGCGUGAGCGUCAACGCCCAGACGCUGGACGGGAGGACGCCCCUGCACCUGGCCGCCCAGCGCGGGCACUACCGCGUGGCCCGCGUCCUCAUCGACCUGCACUCUGACGUCAACAUGUGCAACCUGCUGGCGCAGACGCCCCUGCACGUGGCUGCGGAGACGGGCCACACGAGCACCGCCAGGCUGCUCCUGCACCGCGGCGCCCACCGGGAGGCGGUGACCGCGGAGGGCUGCACCGCCCUGCACCUGGCCUCCCGCAGCGGCCACCUGGCGACCGUCAAGCUGCUGCUGGAGGAGAAGGCCGACCUGCUGGCCCGGGGGCCCCGCAGCCAGACGGCGCUGCACCUGGCCGCGGCUGGCGGCCACUCGGAGGUGGUGGAGGAGCUGGUGUGUGCCGACGUGCUCGACCUGUCGGACGAGCAGGGGCUCAGCGCGCUGCACCUGGCCGCCCAGGGCCGGCACACCAAGACUGUGGAGACGCUGCUCAGACACGGGGCCCACGUCAACCUGCAGAGCCUCAAGUUCCAGGGCGGCCCCGGCCCCGCCGCCACGCUCUUGCGGCGGAGCAAGACCUAGCCUGCUGCCCCGGGAGAUGGGGCCCGCGGGGUCCCUGUCCCAGCACUGUGCUCCGCUCGCCGUGUGUGGCCGUCGAGAGGCAGGUGGCUGCUGACUCUGGAUUCGCACCAGCAUCUGCUUGGGCGUCACCCUUGGGACGGCAUCAGUCUGGGUGGGCUCGCCCAUCCGCCCGCCGGUGCACCGGUGUCGGAGGGGUGGGGGCUCGGAGGCAUCUCGCCGCGCUUCUGGCUCGUGACAUGGGCCCCUUGGUGACGAAGCCGAGAGCCGCCCGUCCUGGGCCGAGCUGCCGGCAACCGCCCGGAGCACACCGUCUGGGGAGGCAGGUGUGGGAGGAGCUGUGUUUUCUCUCUCCAUUUGCAGUGGCAGGCAGAGAGGCCUGUUCCAGAACGUUGUAGCGGAGUGCCUGUUUCAUCGCGCAUCGUCUUAGACAGGCGCUGUCGACUGCUGCUUAGACACAGUCAAACCAUUCCCAUUGUUGGGUGGUCCAGUCCCGGAGUGACUGUAACAUGGGUGGUUGGUUUUUAAGCCACAGCCCAUCAUCGGACCUGCUCUUUUCUAGCCGCACGCAUUCGUCCGUCGGUCAGGCCUCGUGAGCGGCCACCCACGUGUGCUGACCACGCGGCCUCGUGCAUUUCUCACCGUAGAAGACAUCUGAGCGCUGGCGUCAAAUGUCGGCGUCCUGAAGGGUGGGCUGACAGCUUCCCUUUGGGACUCAAAACAGUGUUCCCUGCUCAGAGGCUCCACCUUUCUCCUCAUUUUCUUUCCAGAUCUCGUUUUUGGCAAAGGGGGGUGGUUUGUGCUGAGUGAUGCUGUUUUGGGGCCUCCCCGGGGGUUUCUGACCUGCUUUGCAAAUGGCUCCACUGUGCAGGGGCCUCGGCUUUGGGGGGGGGGUGACCCCCGAGUUGGGUCCAGAAGACAGCCUCAUGGUCUCGGACGUAGAAGCCCCGUUCUUUCAUUGUCACCUGUGUCGCACAUGCCACUGUUGGGGUCGCUUGGCCGCAGGCCCUCCCCUGUGUGCGGACGUGGCCUUCGGCCGGGCGUGUGAGUCAGAGAUCGAUGCUGAUUGAUGCACCGUGUGUGUUCCUGUGAGUCUGUGGACAGGACCGUUCUUUUCUAUGACAGGAAAUAUCCAGACUGUUUAGAACUGGCUAUGUUUUAAUAGGCCUCGUGCUUUUAAUAUGUUACCCUAUGGUGAUAUGCCGAACACGUGGAAGAAAAAGGUUUUCUUUGAUGUCAAUAAAGCUGUUUUCUUCCUCCUCCUUCAAA